AUGCAUCAGAUAUCCUACGUCGUUCUUCUAUCCACUCUUGUUAUCGGAAGUACAGUAUCAUUACAAUGUUAUUAUUGUCAUUAUCGCUUUUCGAAUUGCAAUGAUCCAUUCGAGACAACACGGUAUAACGCAGGAAUAAUCAGGUCAUCGGACAAUUGGUGCUGGAAAUAUAAACAAGAGAUAAACAAUGUACAAUUUGUUACACGAAAUGAUCCAACUGCUGUGACUGCUUUGACACCGGUUUGCACGAAAAAUGGGUGUCACUUAAAAUGUUUUUACUUUCCGAAGAAUCUUCUCUUUGAACUUUAUUAA